GGAAGCCGUACAGGCCGCGCAGGGCAACCCCGCCGGAUCCGGAGUGAGACUGCACCUGCUUGGAAACUACACCUGGAUUCAGGCGGGCAGGGACGAGGUCAAACCGCCGUUCAAGUAUCCGACAGGAGUUUGCUUCGUUAACCCGGUGUCGUCAAUGGUCAUCACCCCUGGCCUGCAAGUCUGCGCCCGUCCAGACGAAUACAUGUUUUACGAGGAGAUGCACGUGGGCAGUCGCUUCCACCAGUGGUUUGCAAACAAGGGCGUCCUGCCGCGGCUGCAGGAGUUGGGUCUGCUACUCCCGAAAGUAUGAACCGAGCGGCUGACUGCUCCUGGGCUGCUCUCUAACGUCGUACGAUAGCGUGAGUGCGUGACAGUUUGCAGCAGUGUGUAAAGUCAGGGGCUGGGCUGUUCAAUCACAGCUAGGAUAGGAGCAAGAUCACAGGUAGCAUAGGGGAGGAGAAACAGGGGAAGCCCAACCGGCUGCUGUGUGAUUACUGAAAAGGCAUGUGGAGGUUCAACGCAGUGACUACCAAAAGGACGCCGGCGGGUAGUACCCCUUGCCUCGUGGCCUGCUGUGGUGCAGCUCCUCCGUUUUGUGUCCGUGUCGGUGUUGGACACGGGUUUCGGACGGUGUGUUUAGGGCACAAGCGGUAGCUGGCUGGGGUUGCAGCUGGCUGGCUGGGGUUAUGUGCGUUACGACAUGUGCAAACGUGCCUUGUCAGGCACAUGUGGACGAAUGUGCAGCGGUUGGACGUACUGGUACGAUUGUCAGCGCCCAGGUAUAUAUCCACGUACGCUGGAACAACGGAUGUGCCGUAUGGUUCAGAGCUGUGGAUGCUGUGCUAUGAACAGUGGGGUGUAGGCGUGUAGAUCCAGCGCCAAUGCUUGUCAUCAGCCUGUAAGGGGGAUGUGGGAUGGGAUCCUCGUGAUGUUUCUGGCAUCUUCGCCUACCACUACCUUGGUAGGGGCCAGGGGGUUACAAGGGGACACGG